AUGGAUCUGAAUUUAAACCGAGCGGAUUAUUUACAGGUGGGAGUAACCUCUCAGAAGACUAUGAAGCUACUUCCUGCCUCAAAACAUAGAGCUACACAAAAGGUGGUUAUUGGAGAUCAAGAUGGGGUAGUUAUGUGUUUUGGAGUGAAGAAAGGAGAAGCAGUGGCAGUGUUUAAAACAUUACCUGGGCAGAAGAUUGCAAGGCUGGAGCUAGGAGGGGUUCUUAACACGCCCCAGGAAAAAAUUUUUAUUGCUACAGGAUCUGAAAUUAGAGGCUUUACAAAGAGAGGAAAACAGUUUCUCUCUUUCGAAACAAACCUCACUGAAAGCAUCAAAGCUAUGCACAUAUCUGGCUCAGACCUCUUUCUCAGUGCAAGUUACAUCUAUAACCAUUAUUGUGAUUGCAAAGACCAACAUUAUUACCUUUCUGGGGACAAAAUCAAUGAUAUCAUCUGUUUUCCAGUGGAAAGAUUACCUCGUAUUACACCCGUCUUGGCUUGCCAGGAUAGAGUGCUCAGAGUUUUACAGGGAUCUGAUCUCAUGUAUGAAGUUGAAGUUCCUGGACCACCUACUGUUUUAGCCCUGUACAAUGGAAAUGGCGGUGAUUCCGGAGAAGAUCUUUUGUUUGGAACAUCAGAUGGAAAACUUGGGCUUAUUCAAAUCACUACAUCCAAUCCAAUACAUAAGUGGGAAAUUCGAAAUGAGAAAAAGAGGGGAGGUAUUUUGUGUAUUGACAGCUUUGACAUCAUGGGUGAUGGGGUUAAAGAGUUACUUGUUGGGAGAGAUGAUGGAAUGGUGGAAGUGUAUAGUUUUGAUAAUGCAAAUGAACCUGUCCUACGAUUUGAUCAGACUUUGUCUGAAAGUAUCACAUCCAUCCAGGGUGGCUGUGUAGGAAAAGAUGGUUAUGAUGAAAUUGUGGUAUCUACAUACUCAGGAUGGGUCACAGGUCUGACAACUGAACCUGUCCAUAAGGAAAGUGGACCAGGAGAAGAACUAAAAAUUAACCAGGAGAUGCAGAAUAAAAUUUCUUCUUUACGGAGUGAACUGGAACAUUUGCAGUAUAAGGUCCUACAGGAAAGGGAGAAAUAUCAACAGUCUUCACAGUCAAGCAAAGCAAAAUCAGCAGUACCUUCAUUUAGUGUAAAUGAUAAAUUUAUAUUGAAUAAAGAUGAUGCCAGCUACAGCCUUAUCUUAGAGGUACAGACAGCAAUAGAUAAUGUCUUAAUACAGAGUGAUGUUCCAAUAGAUCUACUUGAUGUGGAUAAAAAUUCUGCUGUUGUCAGCUUUAGCAGCUGUGAUUCUGAGUCAAAUGACAACUUUCUUCUUGCCACUUAUCGGUGCCAAGCAAAUACUACAAGACUGGAACUCAAGAUUCGUUCAAUUGAAGGCCAGUAUGGCACACUUCAAGCAUAUGUGACCCCAAGAAUUCAGCCUAAAACCUGUCAGGUCCACCAGUACCAGAUCAAACCCCUGUCACUUCAUCAAAGAACUCACUUUAUUGAUCAUGACAGACCCAUGAAUACACUGACUCUAACUGGACAGUUCAGUUUUGCUGAAGUUCAUUCCUGGGUGGUUUUUUGCCUUCCUGAAGUUCCUGAGAAGCCACCGUCAGGAGAAGGUGUGACAUUUUAUUUUCAGAACACCUUCCUGGAUACACAACUUGAAAGUACCUACAGAAAAGGAGAAGGAGUUUUUAAAUCUGACAACAUUUCUACUAUAUCCAUCCUGAAAGAUGUGCUCUCUAAGGAAGCUACGAAAAGGAAAAUUAACCUCAACAUAUCAUAUGAGAUAAAUGAAGUAUCAGUGAAACACACGUUAAAGCUAAUCCACCCUAAACUGGAGUACCAGUUGCUUUUGGCUAAGAAAGUGCAGUUAAUUGAUGCUUUAAAAGAAUUGCAGGUCCAUGAGGGAAAUACAGACUUUCUGAUACCAGAAUAUCGCUGUAUUCUGGAAGAGGCAGAUCAUCUACAGGAAGAAUACAAAAAGCAGCCUGCACAUCUUGAAAGACUGUAUGGUUAG